GGUUGUCACAAUCGUUCUUUCUCGAUAGCAGAAGACAUUCAUUCUGAAACCCUCUCCCCUUUCGUCGAACUUAGGAAUCCAUUGUUCUCUCCAGCUACAAUGAUGCUGGUCCAAUCGCCAAUGGUACCCUGGCUGGUUCUGGUGUGUAUAGCUGCUGUCUCUACAUUACCGGAAUCACAUGCUGACCAAACCACUGUUCAAACCUCGUUCUGCGCUGGGUAUAACAUCACCGUUCACACCACUCCAGUAACGUUUGCAGCAGCCACUGCGGAUUGUAGGCGAGAGAAGCUAUUUAUUUUGCGACUCAAAGACUACAAUCGACGCAGGAAUGUGGCAUGUUUCAAGAACAUCACGGAUGGCUUCAUGGAUAACGGGACGUCUGACAUUUGGCUGCGAAAUUAUAAUAGGCUCAAUGCCACGAUUAACCUGGAGACAGAACUUGUCCGUAAUUUAACCGAACUGGCAAGCACUGCAAUGCAACCUUUUAUAUGCGCAAAAGAUUGGAACGAAUGUGAGGACCCGGCCACGAAGUGCCCUGCUGGAACUUUCUGUGAGAACGUAAAGGGUGGCUACGUGUGUGAAGCGUGCGGACAAGGCAACGCCUUGGGAAGGAGCACUGUGGACGGGAGAACUGGACUGGUCACGUGUGAAAUAGGAUACCACUGGACUUGCUCAUCUGGCAAUUGCCCCAGGGACUCAGAGACGCCAGCCAAGCUAGUGUGCGAAAAUCAAGUAUUGACCAACCUUCCGGAAUGUGCAGUGGGCACUCCAAGCUUCCCAGGCGGCUAUGACGCCAGCAACGUGAUAAUCGAUCCAAAUACAUCCACGUUCGCUUGUGCAGCCGGCUAUUAUGCCCAGUGCACCGCGAAUACCACAUGCGCUGGAGGUCUGAACAACCUGCCAGCCAUAGCUAGCCAACAGGCUGUUCGACUGGUCUGGACAAAUCUGCCAACAUGUCACCAACUGGGGCAAAUCACAUGUAGUGGUACUAGGCAUUGGACAGGCAUCACUUCUGACGUGGCCAUUGCCAAGCAAGCCUGUCAGGAGGCCAACACUACCCUGAUGAACGAUCUCUACCUCACAACCCUUUCCCCCUUCAACCGUAGCUGUUUGCUGGCCGCAAAUAGACCGGUGUGGCUAUUUGAUUCGACUGGCAACGGCGAGGUUUUCAAGUCUAGUCUCGAAGCCGCGGCCUUCAUACCUGCUGCCGCUAAUGCCGGCUACUUAUUUAUCUGUCUGCCCAUUGAUUACCGACAACAGCUGGCUGCAUCCGCGCCAGAUGUGGACACUUCUCUUGAGAAUCCUACAUGUCUAUCCGGAAGUGAAGAGUACACUUGUAAUGCGUCCCUCAACCAUGGACCAAGCGAUUUCACACUGUGUCUGCCAUACUGCGUCCAAAGGCCAGCAGCUCUGGAACUAAAAUCUACCGCUUUCUGUCAUGGGUUCAACUUGACUAUUAGCUUGGAAUCGGUUCCGUAUUCAGUUGGCAGCAAAUUCUGUCGUGAACAGAAUUCUAAUUUGGUGCGGAAGACAUUUCAUGAACGAUUGAUGACUACAAAGUGUUACAUUGACGUCCUCGCAAAACUUAACGCUUCGGGUGUGAACACUGUUUGGACGAAGAGUCCUGGAAGGGUCGCUGGACGGUACAACCUUGCAACCGAUGUCUCUGAACACAUCUACUCCAAAACCAAGUCUGCUGCGGACGCCAUCAUCUGUGCAUCAGAUUGGGAUGAAUGCACGCACGGAACGCCGUGUCCUGCUGGCUUCGCAUGCACAAACCUGAAAGGCUCCUACAGAUGUGACCGUGUGCUGUGCCCGGCUACAUCCAUUUCCAACGGUGCCAUUGGAGAGGCGAAUCUCAAAGUUAAGGUUAGACCCACCUGUGACACAGGAUACACUGCUGUUGCCAAAGCUACCUGUAAAGAUGAAGGAUGGAGUUGGAGAAAGGAGCCAUGCCAAUCAGUUGACUCUCUGCUUCACAGCACCACUGACGAAAUGGACACCACUGGCGCACAGCAUCAAUUAGCUAGACAGAGCAGCGCGGAAAGUCUGUUGGUGACUCUGGGUUUGGGUCACCUGCUCAUCCUCACCACUAUCCAACUGUUUCUUGUCUAGUGCAUCCUUGGCUUAGGUCAGAGCUACUCUGCAAUGGAUUGUCUCAUUUGGUUGCAUUCUCGCCCAAACGACUAGUGGCCCAUCCAUUGUAUUUUCUCAUUUGCUUGCAUUCUCGGCGAAUUUUUCGCCCAAAUUGCUAGUGACCCAUGCAUUUCCAUGCCUAUUAUUUUGUAGCACAUACAUAUACUUGAUUGAAAUAGAG